AUGGUGGGUGUGGCCGACGCCAUUGUUGCAGCAGCCCAGAACAGCCCGCAGGACUUCCUUCAACUCCACAACGCAGCGCGCGAGGAGGUCGGCGUCGGACCCCUGCAGUGGGACGCUGCCCUAGAAGACUACGCCAGGAACUAUGCGAAGGUGAGGUCCAAGGACUGCGCCAUCAUCCACUCCGGCGGCCCCUACGGCGAGAACGUUUACUGGGGCGUCGGCGACGGCUUCAACGACGCCGCGGGGGCGAUGAAGUACUGGGUGGACGAGAAGAACUACUACGACUAUGAUUCCAAUACGUGCGAGGCGGGGAAGGAGUGCUUGCACUAUACGCAGAUCGUGUGGAGGAACACGCAGCGGGUUGGCUGUGCGCGCUCCCCUUGCAGUGAUGGGAAAUUCUUCAUCACCUGUAAUUACGAUCCUAUGGGUAACAUAUCCGGAGAAAGACCCUAUUAG